AUGUCUGAAAAUCCAUUACAAAAUAUAUUAACGCCAUCACAAUUCCAACAAUGUGUCCAGUUCUAUGAAGCUGAUCAGAAGUUGGACCAUGCCGAGAGGGUUGCAUUGGCCACACAAUUGCAAACGCUUGCUAUGAAGACGAGUUUGGCAGGGUAUACUACGGGUAUGCUCGGGUUUUUCGCUCCAACGUUUUAUUACCGUGCUGUUGGGCGGGUUCCUACUCCGUUGUUUUUGGUGCAAAGACCGUUUUUGUCGUUGGUAUUGGGGUUUGGGACGUUGUUGGCUGGGAAUAACCUUACAGCAAAGUAUUUGUAUGAGAAGAACCGCAAGCAAGGCUUUGCUAACCAAAACAUAACUGAUGUUUGGAAGACGAUGGAUUUCCCGUAUCUCAAUUUCUUUACAUUGUAUUAUAGCAGAACGUCGAUGUUCCCGAACUUUAUUAUGAGAGACCCGAGAACAUGUUCGUACCAGCUGCUCAAACAAGAGAACCUGCAUUUCACUCAAGCAAUCAAGCUUGGGCAUUUGGAUAGUGAAGGUAAGGAACAUGUAUUGUCUGUUUGGGAUAAGGUUAGGUUAAACCAUGGUGGAGGUGUUUCGAAGUAG